AUGCAGUUCGUUCAAACCGACGGCGUCGUCGAGUUGCUGCGACAUAACUUGAUUGAUCCAAUGAAAGGCGCCGAGAGGACCCGAAGUCGUGUCGUUAUGUGGCGACAGGGGGACUCCCUCAAGGCAAUUCCGCGCGUGUACCCGACGCAUUUCAACCGAGCGAGCUGGAAAUCCCAACGAACAUCGCAUCGUAUACAAGUACACGACGAGCGUCACGCUCGUCACGACCGCCAACCCGCCGCCGUACAUGUGUUCGAGCAACGGGGAGGUCGAAGGCGCCAACUGUUUGCCAUCAGUCGCGAGGCGGGGGUGGUGUGGGUCGGAGGCCUCCAGAGUUUUCUUCGAAGUGUCGUGGCCGUCGCGCUGCUCUCGCCAGCUACGCUCAAGCGAGGGCUCCUCGGCGCAUUCACGACCCUGAAAACACCGUCGCCCCCACGGGCAUCCACGUGCUCCUUUCGGUGCUCGCAGAGGGGCUUUUGGCGAUGGGAACGCCCGUGA